AUGCGUGCCGCGUCUCACAUCGACUUCCGCACCGCAGUUAAGAUGAGCCAACAAACUUCCGCUUGCUCUGGUCUCCCCAAGUUGACGCCUCUUACAACUUGCGCAAGCGGAAUCACCGAUGGCUGCUACUCGUAUCCGAACAACACCGAUCAAGACGCGAAUGGAUACACGUUCGGCAUGCCAUCUAGUGGUAUGACAGGCUCCGGUUGCCUCACACCACAAACACCAGAAUCGCUUGUGUUUCACGAGCCUAUGUCCAUAGAAGACAUUUCUGAUACGUGGAUGCUCUCGCAGCCAUGGUCUGAUGAUUCGCAAGCAUGGUCGGAUGACUCGCAAGCAUCGAUCGGACUAGGGUUGGAAGGUGACAUGACCGGACUAUUGCCAGGAGCAGAGCUCUGGUCGACGUCCGAACACAUGCAUAGUGCACCAAUCCCCCAGACGCCAUGGGCUCCAUCUUACUAUUCUGGAUCUCCUCAGUCAACGACAAGCGGUUUCGUAUCUCAUUCCCGUGGAACACCUUCACUGUCCAUGAGUGAAUGUUCAGUUGAUGACUUCAGUGACUCAGGCGUGUUCCCCGACGACUGGGCCAACUACCAGCCACCUACAAAUCAGCUCAACAUGGCACACAUGGUGACUUCAGCACCUUUCAUGCAUGACCUGCGAUCUGUUCCAGUCACUGCACCCGUCUGGGAAGAUGUAUUCAUGUGA